AAGUCGUCGAAGAAGAGGAAGGCGGAGGGCGAGCAGGCGGGUCCAAAGGUGGUCAAGGUGAGAAAGAAAACUCGUAAGAAUCGGGAGAUGGAGUCGAGGAUCCUGUCGAAGCAGCUGGCUGAGCAGGGGCUGCGGCUCGUGGAGAUCCCAGCAGACGGCCACUGCCUCUUCUCCGCGAUCUCCGACCAGCUCAAGAGGACGGGAUACCCGACAGAGCACACGCACAAGUCGCUACGUCGGCUGGCAGCGGAGUACAUGCUAGAGCACGAGGAUCACUUUCGACACUUCCUGUCCCUAGAGAAGAAUGCGAGCGCGAACGCGUUCCAGGCCUACUGCCGGAGGAUCGAGAAGACCAACGCCUGGGGCGGGCAGCACGAGCUGAUCGCCCUCUGCCACGUCCUCAAGCGCGACAUCCUCGUCCUCCGCCACGACAUGUCGCAGCAGCAGUUCCCCGACCCGGAGACGCACCCCCAGUACGGGGGCCCGCCUCUGCGCCUGAGCUACCACAUGCACGAGUACAGCGGGGGCGAGCACUACAACUCGGUUGUGAGCCUC